CCAUCCUUACCACCCCACCCAUACCAUCCAUCCCACCCACACCACCCAUCCCUACCAUCCCAUCCCUCUCACGUGAUAUACCUAUGUAUAUAGAUUGGCUUCCAGGACCAACGAUGCGAGACACUCCUCGUGGAGAAUUCGGACCUCCGAGUCCAGUACCUCCGAUGCGAGACACUCCUCGUGGAGAAUUCGGACCUCCGAGUCCAGUACCUCCGAUGCGAGACACUCCUCGUGGAGAAUUCGGACCUCCGAGUCCAGUACCUCCGAUGCGAGACACUCCUCGUGGAGAAUUCGGACCUCCGAGUCCAGUACCUCCGAUGCGAGACACUCCUCGUGGAGAAUUCGGACCUCCGAUGCCAGGACCUCCGAUGCCAGACACUCCUCGUGGAGAAUUACCGAGGCCGCCUGCUUUUACGGUCCCCGCUCCCUGCCUUCGCUGCACCACUACAGGGCCGCCGGAAGACAUUGACCCAAAUACCCUGCAGCACUUGGAGGUGGUGACCCUCGGCCAACACUGUCCCGUCAUAGUUAAGGUCAAGAUGAAGGAUGUCAGCAUGUGUAUGGACUCAUCCCAGCCAUGGUUCCACAUGAUUAUGGAGAUGCUGCUCCUCUGAGGCCCCGGAGGAGCAGCAUCUGGACAUCUGAAACCCUUGAAGAACCCAAAGACCCCCAUUAGCCAGCCUCCUCCUCAACCUUCUUCAGUACAGUCGAUAUUUCACUCCAAUGAGUAGAUGUUACCCGCCUUAAAUGGACCCUCGAGCCCAAACACCACGUGUGUGUGUGUUUAAGAAUGCAAGUUUGUGUAUUAUUCAAGAGAGAAGUUUCAACUUUCCAACGGGUUUUCCCAGAUGAACUUUGAGAUGUGGGGUACACCAGUCAAACAGUAAGGGGACAGUUACCAUGCAGGCAAAAAGGGGUGUACUGGGGGGAAUAGCGUGAUCCUUCCCACGCGCAACGUCCCCCUGGUGAAACUCCUCACCGUCAGGUGAAAAGAAGCAGCUGGCGACUCCACACGUAAUUUGCAUCUGCAGUCCCUGGGCAGGCAAACAAACCACAAUUAAUACAGAAGUAAAAACAUAACGACACACAAGAAAACUAUUGAACAGGCAGACAAAGAACAAUCAAGACAAGAUAUAAACAUGACAAUAUAUCAGAAAACCCGUCUCAAAUGUUACGAAUACAAUCUGAUCUAUUUAAAACAGUGGAUAUGAAUAGCAAUCUGGCCUAUAUGACAACAACAUAAAGAAUGUAUCAAAGGUUGUUGCCAUUUGCUCAUUGUCCUCAAUCACUUCUGAUUUAUCCUUUAAUAUCCAAUUUUGAACUAAUUGACCUUCCUUCUUUGUGAUUUUGCUGAUGUUUUCCCAGAUAACUUUACUAUUUCCCUUAGACUCGUUGAUGAGUUUAAUAAAGAAAUCCGCUUUGCCUUGCCUCAGCUCCUUUACUACUUUAUUACGCAGUUCCUGAAAAGUUCUUUCAUCAUGUGGCAAACUAGAUCUGAGAGCUGUUUUUAAAGCCAAGUCUCUUUGCUUCAUCAUC